ACUGUCAAACUAUGUUAAACGUCAAAUAAUAAGAAAGUUAAAUAUAUAUAAAAUGGUGGAAGUAAUUAUGGAUUUGCUAUAAUUUAGAAGUAAAAAAAUGCAAAUAUUCGAAAAUUGCGAAUAAUACGUAAUUUUUUUAUUGUAGAAUCUGCAUUUUUCCGUAUCAAAAAAUACUCAAACAAUAAAAAUAAUUAACGAUGACUGAUUUGUUUGCGAAGGUUAACUGCACUUACUGUCAAGAAGAAAUAAACACUGUUAGAGUGAAAUGUUGUGUUUGUGUCGAUUUUGAUAUAUGUCUUCAGUGUUUCUCUGUCGGAGCUGAAAUAGGACCCCAUAGAAAUGAUCACGCAUAUAAGUUUGUCGAUCAUUGUGCCGCUAGUAUAUUCGGUGGAAAAGGAGCAUGGACGGGAAAGGAAUAUUUACAACUAUUAGAUGCCGUGGAAUUAUAUGGAUUCGGUAAUUGGGAAUUAAUUAGCGAACACGUCGAAACUAGAAGCCCGGAAGAGGUUAAAGAAGAAUACAUAGCGCGAUAUCUCGACGGAAAUAUUGGAAAAGCUACUUUAGCCAGUGUUACUGCUAAUAAACCAGCUUUGAUUGAUCACGUAACAGAAGAUGAUGGACCUUUGUCACCUAGCGUGACUGCCAAAUUACCUCCGUUAGAUGUUACUUUAGAAGAAGCUAGGUUAUUGGGAUAUAAACCACAUAGGGAUGAUUAUGAAAGGGAGUAUAACAUGGAGGCGGAACAAUUGGUGUGUAAACUUGUAUUAGAUCCCGAACAAGACACUGAAAUGGAGAUAGUAUUGAAAUUGGCCAUUAUAGAUAUGUACGUAAGGAGAUUGCGAGAAAGGGCGAGAAGGAAAAGAAUCGUAAGAGAUUAUCAAUUAGUGGCCAAAUAUUUCGCUAAUAUGCGAAAGGAUCCGACAAAAAUGCCGCAACUUACUAAAGAACAGAGGGAGUUGAGGGAUAGAUUUCGCGUUUUUUCUCAAUUCCUGUCAUCGGGGGAACACGAAAGACUCAUCGCGAGCUUGGAGAGAGAAAAAGAACUUCGACAUCGAUUAUCUGAACUAAUUAAAUAUCGCAGUCUUGGUCUCACCACUCAGGACGAAAUUAUUCAUUAUGAACAACACGCGGCACACGAGAGGCAACAACAGUUGAGGCAGAGUAAUAACAAAUCUGGCAGCAGUGGCUAUGUAACGCGGGAGUACCACCACCAAAACGGAAAAAGCGGAGAUCAAGACACAGGUUCCAUAGAAAAAAAGUUCACGUGGGCACAAAACGACGCAUGCGACACCAACAGUUACUCCUUCAACAACAACUCGAACUCGGUUAGCUCGUCUGAUGUAUCGACUUUACAACAUUGUCCAAUGGGCAAUCUCUUAUCGGAAAAUGAAAUUCAUCUUUGUGCCAGUUUAAAUAUUCGUCCCAUUCAUUAUACUACAAUGAAAUCAUUAUUAAUACAGGACAACCUGCAAUCUCCUGGUAAAUACCGAAAUGUAUCGACGGACGCCGAUUCUCUUGAAAUUAGUACAAAAGACGUCAUAACACGAUAUUUAAUUUACAGCGGUUGGUUACCGAAUGUGUCUUUUUGACAUUCCGAAGACAUCAAAGACAUCGAUGAAGAUUACGAUUAAAUUUAUUAUUAAAAACAAAAAAAAUCGAUUCAGAAACCAAAUUUUUCGAUUUAAAAACCUUUUCCACGCAAAUCGAUUAUCGAUUAAAUAUUUUUAACACGUUAACCGCCCAUUACCAUCACCAAUAACAAUCGACUCAUAUUCGUUAUAAAUACGCACAAAGAUGUUUUUUCAAUCCUAUUUAAUGUUAUUUGUUAUUAAAUAAAUAAAUAUGUUUUUUUCGAA